CUUAGCACGGGGCAUUUCUAAAAGACAUCAAAAAUUAUAAAUAAUAUGAGGACUUGCUGUAGUUUAUACUAAAAUUAUGUCCAAGAAGGUUGCAGUGGUAACAGGUUCCAACAAGGGAAUAGGGUAUGCCAUUGUUCGGGGCCUCUGUAAAAAGUUUGAUGGUGAUGUGUAUCUUACUGCCAGGAAUGAGGAGCUAGGUAAGCAGGCUGUCAAAAGCUUAAACUCAGAAGGACUAUCUCCAAAAUUCCACCAGCUUGACAUCAGCGACCAAGCCAGCAUUAAUCGUCUGAGAGAUUUUCUCAAAGCCACUUACGGAGGUUUGGAUCUACUCGUCAACAAUGCAGGUAUCGCGUACAAGGAAUCUUCAACUGCCCCACUUGCUGAACAAGCAGAAGUUACGAUAAAAACGAAUUACUUUGGAACCCUUGCCGUCUGUGAAGCUUUGUUUCCUAUCCUAAGAACGCAAGCAAGAGUUGUAAAUGUUUCAAGUAUGGUCGGCACAUUUACAAUUAAGAAAUGUAGCAAGGAAAUCCGGGCCAAAUUUGCAAAUUCCAAACUAACAAUUGACGAAUUAACAACUUUAAUGAACGACUUUGUCCAGGCAGCGAAGAACGGAAGCCAUGAAAGUAAAGGAUAUGCGACUAGCGCCUACGGAAUGUCCAAAAUUGGUGUGUCGGCCUUGAGCGAAAUUCAGCAUCGUCAACUUUCAGCAGACCCACGGGAAGACAUCAUUGUUAAUGCCUGUUGCCCAGGUUAUGUUGAUACAGAUAUGACAUCACACAAAGGUCAUAAAACUAUCGAUCAAGGUGCUGACACGCCUUUGUAUUUGGCCUUACUUCCACCAGGUACGAAGAGCCCAGCCGGGAAUUUUGUGUCAGAAAGGGAGAUCAAGAAUUGGAGCGAAUAAUAAUUUCCCUAACAGUUAAUUAAUACAUAAUUAUCUAUAAUUGUCUAUAGAACUUUUUCUGUUUAUGAAAUUUGAGUUUUAAUAUGUGAUGAUUUUAAUUUUUAGAACACAAUUAAUGCAUAAUUAUCUCAAGGUUGUCUAUUGAACUUAUUACGUAUAUACAGUGUAUUUUUUUUUAGUUUUAAUAUAUGAUAACUAAUAUUUUAGAACACACUUAUCUCAAUUAUUUUAUUAAAACUCAUUUUUAACUCAUUUUUAACUCUCCUCGUCUCGACGAAAUCGAGAUAUGCGUCCGUUUAAAGUCCAUUUCCAAGAAUGUGUAAGUCCUACCUGGACUAAACAUGCAUCAUCCUUGUGUAAAAGGUGAAGAUAACGAACAGUGAUCAAUCUCAUGAAUCAAGUAAACAAAAUGAAUCGUGAACAGGGCAACAACACGGACCUCUGGAAACACCAGAGGUAGGAUCAGGUGCCUAGGAGGAGUAAGCAUCCCCUGUUGACGGGGCACACCACUGUGAGCUCUACAUGUAUUGAUCAGAUAUACGGAGUACAUGUACUCCGUAGUCAAACUUAGUAUAAAAGUCUAACAGACUUGCUUCUGAUGCUGGGUCUGAUGUACAUUUUUCAGAUGAACGACUAGGUUUUAAAAGCAAGCCCAUUCCUAAGUAACUAUGUAUAAGCCUUACCUGGUCCAAACUUAAAUUGAUGAUUGAUGUAUAAAUAGCAUAUUUAGGGUUAUAAACUACCAAAGAUGCUUCAGAUAUUGGAUUUCACCUAUAUAUUCUGGAUGAGUGAUCAGUUUUAAUUUUUUUGGACCAGGUUCAUUGACAAGCAACAAUAAGCCUUAUGGUGUCCAAAUUUUCAUGGAUGAUGCAUGUAAGGAUACAUACUACAGACAAGCGUAGGAUACUGGAUUUGAUCUACAUUUCUCAAAUGAGUGAUGAAACUAAAGCAUUUUGACUAGGCCCAUUAUGGACAAAGUAACUAUCUAUGUUGACAAAUCUUACGUGGAUGAUGCAUCUAAGGAUGCACACUACCAAGUCUGGUGCUGGAUAUGAACCAUAUUUUUUAUGAGUACUAGUGACUUGGUUGAAGUUUUUAGAGCAGGUUCAUUCACAAUGUUGACUCAGCUUGUAUGGAUGAAGCAUCUAAGAAUGCACACUACCAGACAUAAUCUGAUGAUGGACCUGACUUCCCGGAUUCAUUUACUGAACAGUUAAGUUUUUGGAGUAAGCCAAAUUCUAUCAAGACCAAACUUGUUGUAUAGAUGUUACCAGAAUAUUCGUUCUUUCCGUGAGGGACUUUACUUAUAGAUAACAUUCGUCGAGUUGAGCUUCGUAAUCUGAUUACCUCUGCGAGCUUUGUUUCUCAGAUUGGGUUCACUCGUGUGUAUUUUUAAAUCAUGAUAUAAAAUAAAAGUUGUAGAAUAUUUGGCAAUUUUGUUUUUGUAAAUAUGUUCGUAUGUACAAUUAAUCUAAAUUACGAAAUAUAUGCAUAUACUAGUGUUUGUUUUUAUAGAUAAUUUCUUUAUUGCAUAAUACACCUAUAUGGGUCAAGCAAUACAAUCCAUCAUUAAAAAAACAGAGAACAAUAUAUGUUUAUAUACAAUAGGUGCAAUUUAAACAAGCAUUCUGAGAGUAUUGCAUUAGCAAUACUAGUCCCCUACCGGCAACUGUAAUCUGGUUCCGUUCCUGUUAAGAAUUGAAAAUGCCAUAAUUCCGUCAAAAAUUAAUGAAGCGGGACGAAAUGCAAACUUGAUCU